CCUCGGGCCAACUACCAACGCUAUUCACAGCCUACAGCAGCUCUGGCUGCAUCUCAAGAGCAUUAACAGGGUCUUCUUGGACCCGCUGAUUUAAAGGCAGCGCCUUAAAUCAUUGAAACAACUGAAAUUUUGAUUAUUUCUUGCGGACAAGGGCUCCAUCACGAUCCAUUUGAUAUCCAUAUUGCCUGUGCAUGUCUAAUUCUUUGCACUCUCCUUCUCGUCCGCUCUCCGAGUCAAGGUCUUCUUCACGCGGCUCCCUGCGUUCUGCACGCGCUUCGAGCCCGUCAGUACCCCAAAACGAUACAGUGGUCGUUCGUAACCAAAUGUCGACCUUGAAGCAUUCUAUUCGGCAUCAACAGGCACAGCUACACAGCUUGGAAAAUAUUAUUUUGCGUGGAUCACGCCCGCUCCCACCUGGCUUUAUGGCACCCUCUCACUCUCCACAACCCUCGUCGGAGGACGUCUUGGAUAUAAGUCCUUGUCCUGUGUCGUACACUACGAGCUUUUCAACUCCAAAAAUGCAACGUCGCUCCAGUUUUGAUGUUUUACAAGGCCUCGCUGGUCGCGAGUCAAACCUUCCGCUCCCGAGGAGAGAAAGUGCGACACCAAUAAUGAAACGUGAUGGAAUUCGCGAAGGUAUCCCCAUGGAUUUCGGCGGCAGUCCCGGACCUGCAGUGAACAUUAAACGAAUGUCUAGUCCAACGCGUACACUGAGUCGGAUACCUGUAGCUUCCGUAGGGAAUGCCCGUGCGUUAGCCGACAAUGGUCUCUCUCCAGCUCUUAACUCCUCGCCAGCAAUUUUACCGAUUGACAUUCAUGGGGGCAAUAACUCAGACAAUUUGAAUGCUUCCACUUCUGCGCUACAAGCUCCAUCAUCUCCUAAUAGACGUAUCUCCCUUACACCUGGGGGGACGACUAAAGUUUUGGCAGAUCUCCAGGCCGGUGUUAUAAAUGCUCGCAACGCCUUGGAAAACACCAAGUCUCAGCUUCGUCUCUCACAGCGGACUGUUGCACAGUUGACACGACAGACCGAGGAUUUGAAAGAAGGCCGAGAACGCCUCAGGCUGGAAAAUGAAGGUCUUAACAAUGUUGUAGCGAGAAAGGAGAGGUUGUUACAAGAGGUUCUUGAGCGGGCCCGCAAAGCUGAAGCCGAGGCAGCAACCUUAAAAUCUCAGCUGAAAACGGAGACCGCGACCUCCAAAAAGUCCCUGCGCGAGAUGGAAUCUGCUCUCCUUGAAUCAACGGCCCUUUCUCAGAAGGCUGAACGCGAGUACAUUACAUUGCGGGAUAGCAUCAAAAGCAUGACCGAGAGUUGGAAGCAUGAUACCGAUAGACUUCGUGAAGAGAUGCGGAAGCGCGAGGACAAGCUAAAAAAAGAAGCCGAAUCAAUUGGCAAGAAGUAUAAGCUUCUCGCAGAUGAGAUGAAGGAGGCGCAACGUCAGCAAGCUUCUGUGAAAGACCUCAAAAAUGAAGAGCAGAAAAUCAGGAAAGAGAUCGAAGAAGAGUUCCGCGAGGAGAUCAUCAAAGUGAAGGCACAGGUUGAACUCCGAUCUCAUCAAAGCGAUGAGGCAGUGGAGACUGCGAGAACUUUGGCGAGUGAGCUGGCUCGUCUCCGCCGGUUAAUGCAGUCUGGUACCAAGUCCCCUCCACCUGAUACCGAAAGCCCUUCCUGAUCUAGAUGUCUCAUUUUGUUGCGUCGACCGACUGUCCAGGGGGCAUUAUUCAUUGACAUGGACAUCUAUCUCAUGUAUAUCACGCACACACUCAUUCAUAUAUCUUACACCCUUCCAUUGCUGUCAUAUACCUACCAGGAUAACUUGAGAUGAUUUGUACAUGGCG